AUGCUAAGUAUCUAUAGUAAUGCUGUGCUCUCCUGUGAUAAAGAAGGAAACACAGUAGAGCACGAAGGAGCACUGCAGUUCUACACAGGCUACUUUGAGUUCACAUCUCCUAGCUAUGGAAUGAGGGUGUGCACUGAAAAGAUAGAGUAUAUAGCCUACGGUAGCGAUGUGUUUCUAAUUGUGUCCGGUGAUUCCACGGACUAUACGAUAAUAUGCAGCGACAUUGCAAGUGUCCAAGAGAGCAUAAAUGCACUGCUAAGAAACUGGCUGCUAGAGCAGCGAUCUGCUGAGGCACUGGAUGCAAUAUACGACAAGGGCGUGCCUUUGAGCUUAAUCAGCGAAUGGAUAGUAAGCACGGACUGCAUGGGACACAUUAGCGCACUCGUAAAGGAUAAUACACCUGAAGGAAUAAAUAAAGCCAAGACAAUGCUCACAACAAUGUCCAAGGUGGAAGAGAAGCCAGUGAUCCUUGAGCUCUCCAACAGUCUGCAGAUAAUAUCCACACUCUUUGGCAUAGCAUAUAAAGAGACAAGCGAAAUAGAAAAGUACGUGAGCGAUCCAGAGAUAAGAAAGUGCAAUGACUUGCACUGGCUGAGGAAGUACUUCUAUGGCAUACACUUAGGCCUCAUCAAAGUUCCCAUUUUAGACGAAAUGAUCCAAAGGUCACAGGAGAGGAUCGUAUCAAAAAUUCUCCCAAAAAUAUCGAUAACAGCAAAGGAAGUGCGAAAAGUGUUUGAAGAGCUGCACGACCCACAGACCCUCUCUAUUUUCAUCAGACAGCUGAACGACACAAACAUUCUCUUGCAAAUAGAGUCGCUAAAAAGUGUAGAUGAGGUAUACAUCCUGUACUACAUCGCGCUAAACGAUAGAAACAUCCUGUACUCCUACGCUGUAGAUAGGCCACAGACGGUAGAAACAAUUAUACACACAUUUUUAUCUAAGAUAGAAGAAAAAGACCUAGAAGCAGUAGUUCCAUUGCAGGCUGUCAUAGAGAUACUCCUAGCACACGAGAGUGUUGAGCUGAGUAUAGUACUGUCCGAAUACCUACCAGCACUAUUUGAAGAAGCAGGGAGUAAAAGCAUAAAAACAAUCAACGGAUGGCCGCAGGUGUCAAAUGGCCACAGACUUAGUAUAUACCACCUGCAGCUGCUUAACUCGCUGGUGAAGCAGCCAACUGUACACAUGAGACUAUACAUAAUCACAUCAGGAAUAGCUCUGUCCGUUACUGAUAAGAUCAGAGCAGAAAGCGCAGCAGAAAAGUACCUAUCCAGCAGCAUUAUACUGUCUCUAAUCAGCAGAGAAAAUGAUAGAAUACUGAUGAAGUACAUAAACACACUUAACAUCCCGCAAAUAGCUAGAGAUACUAUAGUGAGCACAGAGCCAUGUGUAGGCACUGCAUACUACCCUGUGAUGCUAAAGAUACUUCAGACAGUCUAA